GUUCCUUCUCCUCUGUUAAGAUCUCUCGAGCAGCUGCCUCCGCCGUUUCUUGGUCCAAAUAACGCUUGUAUGGCGACCACCGUGAAGAACAGCAGCCGAGUUUCGCUUGCCAUGGAGAGAACUGGCCAAUGGGUUUUCUCGCAAGAGAUCCCUUCCGACGUAGUCAUCGAGAUCGGCGAGGCGAAUUUCGCCCUCCACAAGUUCAUGCUAGUGGCUAAGAGCGGUUACAUAAGAAGAAAGAUCAUGGAAUCGAAAGAACCAGAUUUGACUCGGAUCGAUCUUUCAGACAUCCCUGGAGGGCCUGAGAUCUUCGAGAAGGCGGCAAAAUUCUGCUAUGGUGUCAACUUUGAGAUAACAGUACACAAUGUCGCCGCACUUCGCUGUGCCGCCGAGUAUCUCGAAAUGACUGAUAAAUGCAGCGAAAGCAACCUCGCCGGACGGACCGAGGAUUUCCUCUCUCACGUGGCCUUGACCACUCUUCCGGGAGCUGUUGUCGUCUUGAAAUCUUGCGAGCUUCUCCUUCCCAUGGCAGCAGACCUCAAGAUUGUACAAAGAUGUAUAGAUGUUGCAAGCGCAAAGGCAUGUAGUGAGGCAAACUUUCCAAGUCGCUCCCCUACAAAUUGGUGGACCGAGGAGCUAUCGAUUCUAGACAUCAACUCUUUUCAAAAGGUUUUUACUUCCAUGAAAACUCGCGGCGCGAAGACACUAACCCUAGCGAGUUGCUUGAUGGUGUACGCCGAGAAAGCCCUUCCAGACCUCGUCCGAGACCACACCGGAAAUGGCACUAAAUCGUUGGAUCCCGGUGACUCUAACAUCAGGAACCAGCAACGGGACCUUCUUGAGUCGAUUGUUGCGCUCUUUCCCUCCGAAAAAGCUGCCUUCCCUGUAAACUUUCUGUGUUGUAUUCUUCGAUCGGCGAUUUUCUUGAAAUCGUCGAUUAGUUGUAAGAACGAGCUCGAGAAGAGGAUCUCGGCGAUAUUGGAGCACGUUACUGUGGACGAUCUAUUGGUUUUGUCGUUCACUUAUGACGGGGAGACGCUCUUCGAUCUGCAAAGCGUUCGUCGGAUCAUCUCAGGAUUCGUGGAGAAGGAGAAGAGCGUGGCGGUCUUUAGCGCUGGUGACUUCAGCGAAACUUGUUCCACAGCCAUGCAAAGGGUUGCUAAGACGGUCGAUGCUUAUCUCGGUGAGAUUGCUACGUACGAGGAUCUUGCUAUUUCCAAGUUCAAUGGCAUCGCGACUCUCGUGCCCAAGACGGCGAGGAAGGUAGACGAUGAUCUCUACCGAGCAAUCGAUAUCUACUUGAAGGCACAUCAAAACUUGGACGAGAUCGAGCGGGAGAAAGUGUGCAGUGUGAUGGACCCACACAAGCUUUCUUACGAAGCUCGGGUACACGCCUCCCAGAACAAGCGUUUGCCGGUUCAGAUCGUCCUCCACGCACUUUACUACGACCAGUUGAAGCUUCGAAGUGGCGUCAUAGACGAUCGUAAAACACAGGACGCGUUAAUGACCAGGAACCAGAUUCAAGCAGAUGUUUCCCUGAUCAAAGAGAACGAGGCCCUGCGGACGGAGCUAUUGAAGAUGAAGAUGUACAUCUCGGACCUGCAGAAGAAUCAAGGAACCUCCUCCAAGUCAGGGGGCUCCAGGAAGCCCACUUUCUUCUCAUCGGUAUCAAAAACUCUUGGGAAGCUGAAUCCGUUCCGGCACGGAUCCAAGGAUACUUCCAAUAUCGAUGACAGUGCCAUCGACUUGACCAAGCCUAGGAGGAGGAGAUUCUCUGUCUCUUAAAAUGUAGGAGAAGCUAUUAUUAGUUUAUUGCCUUACUUAUACGCUAUACCUAUAUAUAUAUAUGUACUACUGUACUGUUUAAUUUUAGUUGGCUAGAAAACUGCUAGCUUCUUGUAAAUAUUCCGGCCUGUUUAUGAUUAUCAUGUCUGAGUUUGCCAUUUUGAUAA